UUUCCCUUCCACCCUAUCUGCUAAAUCUGGCAGCUGGUGUGCAGUCUGCAGACAGUAAAGCUCUCCAGAACUCCUGGGCAAAUUUGAUGGCCACCAUGCAAUUGUGCAGAACCAGAAACGGAGGUUGUGGGUGGACAGUGCCCUGGGGCACUGUCUGAAGGGAUUUUGUGAACAACAGUUGUGCCCAUGUAUUGGACGUCAGCACUUCUCAUCAAUACUGCUAGAGAGUUGCAUCACCUGUUUUCUUUUCCCCCCUACUCCUGGUAUACUCAGGUCUGGUGCCACAGGAAUAGACCACCUUUAAUUGCAAAGCAAUUAAACCCCAGCCCCAAGCACCGUAGCUAUUUGCUGGUGUUGCAGAUAGUCCCAGCAGUGUGAAUUUAUGAUGCAGAUUUUGCAGGGGGAAGAAAAAAAAAAGGAGCUUUCUAAUGAUCUUAGAUAAUUAGGACUUCUUGGGUUUUUAUUCCUUAUUCUAAUGUCAGAGUAGUGUAUCAAACACUACACUCCCUGUGAUGAAGCCCAUCACCUGAAUGAUCUAGUGCCCUUUGGAGAUCAGAAGAGUGGCAGAGAUCAAGGUGAAUGAGGGGAAAUACAUGUGAAAUACAGGUGAAAUGCACCUGUCACCUGGGCCAGCUCCCAGCACUGCCGUGGCUGUGUGUCCCUUCUGCAGGGACUGUGGCUGGAAGAUUGAGCUUAAGGACACUUGGAACUCAGCACUGCCCAGCAUGCAGCUGCCUGGGAAGGUCCAAAUCUUGUAAUUGUUGUGUCCUUAGAGGACCUGAGAGGGGUGAAGACCCUCAGGAAGAUGACUGCUGCCUUCCUCUCCUAAUGACUGGAGAGCAGUACUGAGGGCUGCAAUUCUGCAGAAAAAUGGAGAGCAAGCUCUGGCUCCAGCUGACUUCCCCAUUUGCAGAGGAGAAUUGCAGAUGUGCAAAUGUGUAAAUAAAGAACAACACCACAAGGGGACUCGGGGGGGACUCAACCCACAGAGGAUGGGAUGGGGUUUCCUGGCACUGCCUGCUGCUGGGGAGAAUCCAGAACGUUUUGAGGCAGGAGGGCACCUACUCAGGAGCAGCAAGUGAGGAAAGUGAUCCUGCCCCUCUACUCAGCCCAGGUAAGAAGAAAAGCUGUGGCAGGAAACUGUGCUUCAGACAUGCCCAUCGACACCAUGAUGUCUGGAAAGGACAAAGGAGGUGUGGAAGGCAGUGCUGAUCCCUACAUUUCAUGUCACAUAGACUCUGAGUUUCGUUACAACCUCUUCACUGUUUUCUACAGCAUUAUUUUCAUUCUGGGCUUUGUUGCCAACUGCUAUGUUCUCUGGAUUUUCAGCCGUAUUUACCCCAGCAAGAAACUCAAUGAAAUCAAGAUAUUCAUGGUGAACCUGACAGUAGCUGACUUGCUCUUCUUAGUUACUAUGCCAAUGUGGAUUGUUUACUACCACCACCAUGGAGACUGGAUCAUGCCUGAGUUCCUCUGUAAUGUGGCUGGCUGUUUAUUUUUUGUUAAUACCUACUCUUCUGUUGCCUUUCUGAUGGUCAUCACAUACAACCGUUACCAAGCUGUGACUAAUCCUAUUAAAGCAGCUCAGCUGACCACCCAGAGAAGAGGUAUCUACCUAUCAGCAGCUAUCUGGAUCAUAAUAGUGGGCAGCUCUUUGUAUUACCUUUUUGACAAUAAUACUAAUCAGGAGGAGGUCGGCUUCAGGAAUUUCACUCGGUGCUUUGAGCGCUAUGACACCUCGAGUGGUGUUUCAGCUGUUCUUGCCAUUCAUGUCAUCAUCUGCAUCCUCUUCUAUAUAAUUUUCCUUUUAAUACUAGGUUGGAACAUUGUCAUUAUCAGGACCUUGUUCUCCAAGUCAGAGCACCCACGGAAGAGCACUCACAUCAAGCAAAGGGCACUCUGGAUGGUGUGCACAGUGCUGGCUGUGUUCAUCAUAAGCUUUGUGCCCCAUCACAUCGUGCACCUGCCCUGGACUCUCACUGUUCUGGAGCAGUGGAAGAAGGAAGACUGUCAGCUGCGCCAACAGCUCAACGAUGCUCACCAGGUGACUUUGUGCCUCUUGAGUACAAACUGUGUGUUGGACCCGAUCAUCUACUGCUUCCUCACCAAGAAGUUCCAGAAGCAUCUUUCAGAAAACCUGAAAAGCAUGAAAGGGAGUCGCAAAUGCUCCAGGCAAACAACAGACACGGUGAUUGAGGGCAUGAUUCAGCAAGAGGAUGCCAUUAGGAUCUGUUAGGGCCACUCAGUGUGUUCGAUGGCACAUGGAGAGGCAUAAAUCAUUCACUCAUCUUUUCUCAAGAAUCGGCACCAAGGGACACAACAGAAGACCAGCAUUUUACAUUUUAUUUUUCCCAUUAGACAGAAGAAUGGGUGCUCAUUUCUUCUGUCACGUACAAUGGGCAGAACUGGAACCUGGCAGCACCUUCUGUCAAGGCUGGUGCUCUCAUGGGCACUGAGAACAGCUCAGAUGACCUGCUUUAAGGUGAAAGAAGUGUGUCACUGAGCCUCUGCAGUGAGCAGCUAGAAGCUGAGUGUACCAAAAUUACCCAUUGUGUCAGUCCAGCACAGACAACCAUCCCUGCUCCUCUGCCUGCCCUCGCAGCUCUCACAGUGGACCCAGCAUCAGCUGUAAGGAACUUCUGAAAGACCUGGAAGAACAGAUUGAGCCCUGAGUAUCAUUGGGUGGCCCUUCUAAGCAGCUUACAUGGUCCUGUGAAGAGAGUCUGAGCUAACAAAGGUCUUGAGUGGCUGUAAGGGAUGUAGUCCACAGAAUUCCUCAACUGCUGUCAAAGAAAUCUGCACCUCUGAUCCCUUCAUCUCUUCUUAGUGACUCACAUGGUCUGCUGGGAUCCAAACUUGAUAGAUGUCUGGGAGCAGCUAUUAUGAAUCUUUGCUUGCAGAUCUUGGGUCAGUACAGCAGGGAAGCAAAGGAAGAGAAAUUUGCAGUGCCUCAGCACAUCUCUACCCCUCCCUCCACCAGGUCAGAAUUAUGGCCAAAGGCAACCAUGGUCUGCCCUGGCUUCCUGUGUGAGAGCAGAACUGGCCAGCCAGUGGCCUCAUGCACUUAGUUUAGUAAUUUCUCACUGAAUGCAUGUGUCUGCAGACACCCAGUCUUGCUCAGGAGGCUCCAGGUAACAGAGGGCUACUGUCAGCAUGGGCAUUAUGAUAAAGAAAAAAACUUAAAAUGCUUCCAUAUCUUUGUACAUAUUUAUUUAAAUUAGGGUUACAGCCAUUGCAUUAUGCCUUCCCUAGGCUUUCUAGUUCUGCUGAAAACAAUCAAAGCUGAUCAGUUCUUGAUCUAGAGCAAGCCAAGUGUUAGGUCAGGACACUUGGCAGACAAAUAAUUUACACACACUCCAACAGCACUGGAGGCCCCUUGCCCAGGGCCGGAUGCAGUCCACUGGGGCACAGGGCAAAGUGGUUUUCCGUGGGUGCUGAGUUCUCUUACCAGUCAUGAGACACUUGGGGUUCCUUUUCUGACCCAGAUUACUCAAUCUAGCACAGGAAAUUGGGCAGGGAAGGGAACUUACUUGUUUUCACAACAGUUGUUGGUUCCCUAAAAGAGCUAGUCUGUUGAUGACGGGAAGAGUGUAUCUGACCUGUGAUGCCAAUUAUUCAUGUGCAGGACAGCAGCUUUCCCCCACCUGGCUGACAACGGGAGAGAUAAACUCAAGUCUUUCCAAAGACAGGACCAAUAUAUGUUCUGCUUUGCCUGUACCCACUGGAGAUACAGUCCUUCAGAUGUAUCCUCUGGCCAUUGCGAGGGCCAGCCCUGCACUCCAGGCCCAGGGCCAGAGGAAAGAGUCUGAUCACAAGAAGAAUGCAUCUCCCUCCUAAUCCUGGGCUCUGUUCCAGUAAUGGCCACCCACAACACUUGCCAGUAUCUCAUGCUCCUAAGACAUGUUCAGAGAUGCACCCUGAGUCUGCAGUCACAGCACGCAGGAAGGGAGCAAUUUCUGCAACUUAAAAGCCUAAAUCUGGCUUGCUAGAGAAAUCUGCCUCUGUUCUGUGGGCAUAUUCUGGAGGACGAGCUCUUGCAGCUGGCAGACAGGGGGACCUGCUUUCCCCCCUUGGCUCCCAGCAACAGUGGAAUUCUCAUUUCACAGACCCUAAAGCCCUGAUAGAUGGAGUUUGGCAACUCUUGGAGGAAACUGAAAGGAUUUUUACAUGGAAAGCUGGCAGAUGCAUGAUCAUCUCCUGAUUCUUGGAAAGCUUGCAAUAGCUUACAGUUUAGUUCUUUACCAUGGGUACAUAACUUUAUACAUAAGGCUUUAUUCCACAGCAAGCACUGUGGGCUUAGGGAACAAACAUAAACUUGCAUCUGAGGAAAUGGAUAAGCAGAGGGGAAAGCCCCGAAGCCACUUCAGGAGAUGUUAUGCUAACUAGUCAGUAAAAAUGCAUUUCUAAAAAAACAGACUAAGCUGCUACUUCUGUUCCUGGAAAUACUUUCUUGCUCUUACUGCAAUGUGGCAUUACUCUACUUUACCUUGCAAUGAAAUGGAUCCUCAAAAGUUCUUUUAAAUAAAAUGUGUUCCUCAA